AUGAUCUCCGCAAAGAACCCUGCCAAGUCUGGCGCUCAUAACAGGAUCGACACCAAGGUGGAACAUGGAACCGAUCAGAAGACAGGACAAGCCACGACGCCAGUAUCUCUGGACAAGAGUGAUGAUGACUUCAGCGAGAAGAGAGACGACGGUAAUUCCAGCAAAGGGAAAACUGACAGUCUCGCUGGGGACAAGAGUGCAAAAGCAGAUCCAUCAGAGGACGAAGUGGGGACGAGCCAGCAAUACCCCGGCGGUUGGAAGCUUGCGCUGGCAUUCGCGGCACUGAUCCUUGUCCUUCUUGUUGGUGGCAUCGAUAGCACAAUUCUGGCAACUGGAGUUCCAACCAUCACUGACGAAUUCAACAUUACCGCAGACGUGGGAUGGUACCUAACAUCUUAUCGCCUGGCCGCCUGCGCAAUGCAAUUUCCGUUCGGGAAGCUCUACAAACAUUUUCCGACGAAAUAUGUUUUCAUGACGUCUAAUUUCGCGUUCAUGGUUGGGUCUCUGCUAUGCGCUGCAGCUCAGACCUCGCCAAUGUUCAUCGUUGGCCGGACUCUUGCUGGAGUAGGAAUUGCUGGCGGUUCUGCUGGAUUCUUCAACUUGAUCAUGGAGGUGGUGGCGCCUCAACUCCGUCCCAUGCUUGGAGGUAUCUUUGGGUCAAUUGAGAUGUUAUCCGGUAUUUUGGGUCCCGUCAUUGGAGGAGUAAUAGUCCAGCACACAACGUGGCGAUGGUGUUUUUGGAUCAACAUUCCUAUUUGUGUUGCUGCUCUGGUCUCUAUGUUCCUCUUCUUGCCCUGCAUUCCGAAAUCACAAGAAGAUGAUCGGGCACUGACAUUUUCCGGAUUACUUCGAGAGAUGGACGUCAUCGGAAUGGUCCUCAUGACUGGCGGCCUUGUGGCUCUCUUCCUCGCCAUCAACUGGGGCGGAGUCACUCGUGCUUGGAACAGCCCUACAAUCAUCACCCUCUUCGUUCUAUUUGGGUCCCUGCAAGCAAUUUUCGCCUUCCACGCAGCCCGGACCGGAGAGAAGGGUAUUCUGCCCCCACGUCUUAUCAAGAAUCGAAACGUCUACAGUGGCCUCAUUUUCUCUCUGGGUUGCGUUUCGUCCCUCAGUAUCGUAGAGUACUAUGUUCCAACCUAUUACCAGAUCGUGCACGACUUCAGCCCUCAAAAAUCGGGCUUUCUGAUGCUGCCAAGCCUCAUCGCAACACUUGCUGGAUUUCUGAUUCAAGGUGCAGGAGCUAGCUACUUUGGCUACUACACUCCUUUCUCGCUGGCGGGUUCGAUCUUAAUGCCGGUAUCUGCUGGCUUGAUCACGACGUGGGGUCCGAGAACGUCUUUGGCUCAGCUGAUAAUCUUCCUCGCCAUGGUAGGCUUUUCGACCGGCAUCGGCUUCCAAGGUCCCUUGAACGCAGUGCAGACGACUUUGAAGAAAGAAGACGUCCCGCUAGGCAUAGCUGUUGUACUUUUCGCGCAAAUGUUCGGUCCGGCGAUCUUUGUAUCUGUUGGACAGACUAUUUUUGCGAAUGGACUGGCUAGAGACCUGCGUCGGCUUUUCCCUGAACGAGAUACUAGUGGAAUUCCCGACAUGGGCCUCAACGAGAUCAAAUCGUCUUUCAGUGGCGAAGAUCUGCGAAAGCUCGUCUCAGUAUUUAACGAGGCUAUUACAGGAGCCUGGUAUCUGGCUCUAGGACUGACAUGCCUGACUCUCAUAGGAUCACUUCUGAUGCCUUGGGCGAAGAUCACCAAAGAUGAGAAACCUAAAGACGAAGAGAGCGCCGUUAAAGGUGACUGA